UGUGAAGCUGCUCCUCCUGAUGUUGCUGUGAUGUUCUCCCAAUCAGAACCACACGAUGAUCGUCUGUCGGCGCUGAUCCACAAAGCAGCAACGAUGGCAGCUGUGAAAGAGCUUCUGUUGGAAACUCUGAUGGAUCUGAAUCAUUCAGAUCUGGGAAGUUUCAAGAUCUUCCUGAACUUUGAGUCUUUUCAGAACAAAUUUCCACAAAUCUCAUGGAGCGAUCUGAGAAAGUCAAACUGUAAAAAUGUGGUGGAUCUGCUGAUGAGCACAUAUGGCCAGCAGUGUUUGGAGGUGACCAGGCAGGUUCUGACGGACAUGAACAGAACCGAUCUGUUGGAGAAGCUGCCAGAGAAAAGCUGUGGAUCUGAAGAGAAACUCUCUGUGGAGGAGCUUUGGCCCGGACUGAUCGACAAAGUUGAAGCCAUGGAGUCGGUGAUCAAGCUGCUGCUGGAGACUUUGGGUGAUCUAAGUGAAGAGGAGCAGAUGUUCUUCAUCACGGUGUUCGGUCAGAGUCAGCGUGACGUAGCAGACAGACUGCUGGCCGUCAGACAGCUGCCGCCCGCUGUGCUCGUGAUGGUGCAGAUGUUCGGCCUGCGGUCUGUGGAGACGACCAGGGAGGUUUUAAAACGGAUGAGGAGGACAGAUCUGCUGCAGGACAUUUCAGCAUCCAGAAGAAGACAAGCAAGUAAGGCAGUAAAGAUUAAACCUUAGAAAUGUUGGUUAGUCUCCUGCUUUGGUCUGAAGCUCUGCCUGGUUUCCCCCUCAGAGAAACUCUCAGCGGACCAGAGAAGCUCUGCUGCUCUACAGAAAGUGAGGAAUGUCUGUUUUCCUGCUCAGCCUUCGUUACAGAAGCAACGAUUUUCUGUUAUUACUUUAAAGAUAUUAAUGAGAUUCUGUUGAUUUAAAGACAGUAGGGACUUCAUAUGA